UGUACGACGGAAAACUUUCGAUAUUGGAUUGCGGGUGGUCCUAAAUCAGCAUGGAACAAGGGCGCCUCAUACGUCUUUGUUGAGAUACUUGAGGCGCAGAAGCUGAUCACUAAACCCACUGUCGAAGAUCGUGAUGGUCUCCGUGAAGCAUUUCUUGUGCGGUUAAAAUCGCUUCAUAAAUACUGGUUAGAAGACAAGAAAAUGGCGGAAGAUAGCAAUGACUCGCGCUUACCCUCAGGCAGGUGGCAGAGAAAAAGCACAGUCAGUUGUCACAGCAUCUUAUUUCAUCAACGAAGAGAGGUUAUUCUUACCUUUGAAUCACUCCAGCCCUACCUCAAGGUGUUCGAGGAGUUAGGCGUCGCGGGAAUGUCGUCGGACGAAGAAGACCCUGGCAUGAGCAAACCUCGAGUACAAUAUCUUGUGAAGGGCACAAGAUGGCAAGCGGCCUUGGUCAAGAAUUUCGUUCGGCCAAUAGACUAUGUUCACCUCGAAGGACGAUGCUCCGCCGACGGAGAGAAAUUCAGUUUCACGCGAGGUUCUCCUCCGCGUCUUCGUGUUGAUAACAAUGACCGAAGCUCAAACAGCAAAUACGUUGUGGGUUUACCUUCCAACUUUUAUGAUGCCGAAUGG